GUUGAACAUCACACGAUGGCAGGUCUCAGCAAGAAGGAAGCUAGAAAGCAGAGUAAGGGCAAGGGCAAGGCCAGGGCGGUACCGAUGGCAAAGACGAAGAAGUUGGAGUCUGAAGAGGAGUGGAUCAGCGAGAUUCAGGAGCUGGACUCGCUCGACUCCGAGGAUAUCGACAGCGAGGAUGAUGAGGAGAAUGAGGGAGUCAGUGAGAAGGGACUGGCCAGGUUGAUGGAGCUGGUCAGCGAGGAGGACUUGGACGAGUUCGAUAAGGCUCGUCUGGGAAUGGCGGACGAAGAUGAGGAGGACGAAGAGGAGGAUGAGGGAGAUGAGGACGAAGAUGAGGAAGACGAGGAAGAUGAGGAGGAUGAGGAGGAUGCCGAUGAAGCUGCCAUCCAGAGCGCUGCCGUCGCCGCCCCCGUGGAUCUCGAAGAGGUCGACUCGGACGCAUCCAUGGAAGACGCCAUACCUGUUCAAAAGGUCCUCACGAACAACAAGCCCGGUAUGAAGCUCCUAAGAGAGCAGAUCAAUGUGACUUUGCUUCCUUGGAAAGAGCACUUGACGUUGUCCAGCAAAGCCACGGUCGAUGUCGACCCGUCUGAUGACCUGCAACGCGAGAUGGCAUUCUACAAGAUCGCCCUUGAUCAAGUCCCGAUCGCUCGCAAGCUCUGUUCUAAGCAUGAUAUCCCCUUUUCCCGACCCAAUGAUUAUUACGCCGAGAUGGUCAAAUCAGAUGAACACAUGGAACGAGUCAGGACCAAAUUGGUCGAGGAGGCCACUCACAUCAAAAAGUCUGAAGCUGCGAAAAAGCAGCGAGACUUGAAAAAGUUUGGCAAGCAGAUUCAACAGGAGAAACUCAAGCAACGCGAAAUGGACAAGAAGAGCUUUACAGAGCGUAUGCACGGGAUCAAGAGGAAACGCAAGGACGGGAUGGAAUUGGGUGAUGAAGACGACGAGUUUGGUAUUCAAGUGGACGAGGCGGUCGAUGAGGAUACUGGCAGGUCCAAUGGUCGUGCUGGGGGUCAAAAGGGCAAGGUGGGUGCAAAAGGCUGUCGACACGGUUGACCGCCUUCAGAUGCCUCGCCGCGCUCGGGAUGCUAAAUAUUCCCUCGGGGGUGGAGGUCGGAGGUCGAAACAAAACACAAAGGAGAGUUCGAACGAUUUCCCGGGCUGGAAUUCGACCGGUGGCAAGGGUGGCAAGAAGGGAAAGCCCAAGGGUGGAUCGGCAAAGAACAGACCUGGCAAAGCGAGACGAAGGGCGGGCAAGUAGCCCAGAGGGGGGUGGGGGGUUCUCAUCUAUGCAUAGCGUAGCGUGACAU